UGGCUAGCCAUGCGAUAGGCGUGACCAGACGGGUGCGGGCUUGGUCAGGGCGAUCCCACGUGACCGCGAGCCGUGUAUAAAAGGGGGCGCCCUGUAGGCGGAGUCGCACUGCAGCGAGGAAUCUGGGAGGUCGUGGCUGUGUUGAGCGUCCCAACAACUCUGCAACAACAUGGCAGACAAACCAGACCUGAGUUCGAUUGAGACGUUCGACAAGUCCAAGCUUAAGAAAGCAGAGACCACUGAAAAGAACACCCUGCCCACGAAGGAGACGAUUGACCAGGAGAAGAGUCAGCCAGACGCGUGAGGUGUUCAGGAGCUGCCGUGCCCUCAACAUGCAUCCCGUCCAUGGCUCAAGAGGGGGGGGGAGACACUUCCCUGUGAAAUGUGGUGGUCUUAGUUUUUUUACGUGAAAUAAUUUUCUGUUGUAAAGCAAUUUACUUUUCCCCCUCCCCUUGCUACCAGUAUGGGGACCAAACGGUUGGUUAACCUGUGGUUAUGGGCUUUGUGUUAAUGCCCCUCUAAAAUGCCAUUGGUCUGUUGGGAGCACGCUGUGCAACAAGCUUAUUUGUAACGUGCACUUACUAUGAACAUUAAACAAACAAACCGAUGAAAACUCUA